GCCAACCAUAUCCAUCAUAAUAAUUGGUGCGUUUAUGUAACGCCAUCAUAUAUGCAUUUGCAUCCUGCACCAUAUCUUCAUUUGAAUAGACAUAGAAAUAGCAGUAGUUGAGUAGAAGUAAGAGUAUGGAGGAGGAGAAGAAUUCAAAGAGGGAUGAUAUUUAUGAAGAGGAAAUAGGGAUUUUGAAGGUUCCAGAGCAUUUGGUGAUAGAGAUAUUCAUAAGAGCAAAAGUGAGUGAUUGGGUUGAGAUAUCAUGUGUGAAGAAGCAGUGGGCAUCUGUUUUCCACAGUGAAUGUUUCUGGCAAGCUGCUAUUGCCCACAAAUACCCAUUAGCUGAUCCUGCAAGAACAUGGCCUGGUCCUAUUCCUCCUCCAUGUUCAACCAAGAGGAGAUUCACGGCCAUGUAUAUUAGUGAACUCAUGUUUGCUUCCAGUUAUCACAUUCACAUAGAUGAGAUUGUUGGCCACUGUUAUCUCUUUUUGAAAGAGCAGCUUCAACUUUCUAUUAUGCCUCCUCAUAGUGGAAUACUACAUGGAACCAUGAUUGAUCAGUUUCUUGCUUGUGGCAAGUCGAGAGACGUGGCGGAUGAACUUGCUUCUCUGAUUUGGCUUGCUGUUCUUGACAAUUUGGAGGAAAACCAGCAUACAUUUUGCUUGCUUAAACGCCUUGCCCAUGAAGGGGAUGUUUUUCUCCCCUAUCCUUACACUAGGUCAGUCAAAGUCCAAUGGAGGGUGUUUGAGAAACUUUUUACUGAUUUCCGUGAUUGCUUCAGCCAUGUAGAUUAUUAUGAUAUGGUGGCAUGUGCUAAAAGCAGGUUUCAGCCAAUACCAUCUGUUUGGUUAGGUUACUAACAAAGAAGACAUUCCUCAAAGUAUUCAUUGUAAUCUUUCUACUCAAAAGCCAUAUUCUUUGGGAAAAUCUAUACCUUCAUAUAUGACUAAUUGAAUGUCAAUUUAAAUUCCCAUUAUAGCAAGGUGGUUUAUAUAUUAAGAAUUCGAAUUAUCCUCAGAGGCAGAUCAACCACUUAUUUUUCCCCUGACAGCACGGGUGAUUUAUAUAUCAAGAAUUUAAUUUUUGAUGUA